UUAAAGUACAGUGAGUCAUGAAGACUAGUAGCACUGGCAAUCAUUCACCCUUUAAACUGACCAUUUAGAAGUAAUGUCCUCGUAUUCAGGCUAUUAUUCAGGCGAAGACAUGACUCUGAAAGCUAAAUUCUGUCAGGAGGAGCAUAAGGCUGUGCCUUUGCCGUACCAGAGAGAGACCCAAAGGAAACUAGCGACAGGUAGUGUGGACCAUGUCACUAACAUCCAUCUUACAUCGAGUGGGUCCGGGGUGUGUUUCUCAGGUUCCGCAGUCAGUUAUGAAGGAUCCUGUGGAUACUGCACGGAAGCUGAGGACGAAAAUGUGCCUACUCCGUUCAGGAGCCCGGUGUACUCGGGAAGCGCGUCGUUCUACCCCACGGAGUCUUUUUUCCACAGCACAGGCGAAGAACAUCUGUACAAAGAAAACGGAAAAACUUCACUCGGUUACGACAGUCACCAAAGUUCUACUCCGUCUCAAGGGAGUUGUUUAAAAGCCGCAUCCUGGUCAGAGGACACAGAAGGUGUAGUUAACACAUUCGACUGGAUGAAAAUUAAAAGAAAAGGAACCAAAAGUUGUUCAUUAGCUUGUGGAUUUACCGAGGUUGCUACAACAGCUCGCACAAAUUUCACUACCAAACAGUUGACAGAAUUGGAGAAAGAAUUUCACUUUAACAAAUACGUCACCAGGUACAGAAGAGCCGAGAUUGCGAAUGCCCUACGCCUGAGUGAGACGCAGGUGAAGAUCUGGUUCCAGAACAGAAGAAUGAAGCAAAAGAAGAGAGAGCGAGAGAGGGCCUCGCGCUAGUCAGCCCCACCAGUCUGGACUCGAUCUCCGCCGCGAGCACACCACCUUGCUCGCCUGUUUCGCUUCUUGCACUGGCGAGAUGAAAGUGCCUCUAUAUUAAAUUCACUUCGCACGUUUCUGCUGUCAAGCAGAAGCUUUUCUGAUCAUUGUUUGCUUGCACUAUUUUUAAAUUAAUUGAUUGAUAUUAAUAUGUACUGUUAAAUUAUUACUGCGUCAGUAACUGUGCCUUUUUGGAAAACCUUUGGUGUUCAGUGGUCAAAGCAAGGUGCCUCAGAUGUAAUUUUCAGUGCCUUUAAAAACUGAAAGAUUAAAGCUACAUAACCUUAUAAGUACUUAUUUCUUUUCUAACUGGUAUAUCAGGAAAGAUCAGAGUUUUAAGGCAAAUAUUUCAACUCGUAGAUGAAAUGACCUACUCUCCUUUAAGCAAAAAAAAUCUUAACAUGGUCUGGAUUAAGUUCAUAGUUAUAAUAAAUGCAACUAAGUAAACCUGGAAUUAUCAUAUUUAUUGUUCACCACAACGUGU